UGGCUCAUUUCCCAACUUUGCUGUGUGUUGUUUUCCAGCCUGUAGAAUAGAGAAGAUAUUCUACUGGUAACAGUUUUUGAGUUCUGAAAAUAUUUGGAUCUUAAAAACCGUACAUAGCUGCUGCAUUGUUGUCAACUCUUGGGUAAGCAGGAGAGCAACAGUGUGCCCAGAACUAGUAGUUGUGUUUGUAGAAGAGCCAUGGAAACAGGGUCUGCAGACUUCACAUCUGAGAAUGACCCAGGACAUACUGUGGGCUUGUUUUCUCUGCUACUUCUAGCCUGUCUAGGUUGUUCUCUGUGCUGCCCAGUGCUGAGUGCUGCCCCUUCCAUGCCUGCUCAAGUUUCUGCAGAGCCCUGAAUUAAUUCAUCUGUGUUUCCUCCUCUUUUUGUUUUGCUGCUCCGCCCAUUUAAAAAAAAACAAACCAAAACCAAACACCUGGAUACUAUAGGAAUACUCCUCAGGACCUCACCUGAGAUCUUGUUUGUGCUGGAUAAAACAGAAUAGAACUGAAUAAUUACGUCUCAGGAUACCGCUACUCCAUCUGAAACUGGGAUUUCCCAUUUUCUGCAGCACCAUUGCAUUGCUGGCUGAUUACUUCAGAUGUAUAAUGAGCUACAGAAACACUACAUUAAAGAAAUCAGAACAAACCAGGAGCAAAGUGAAGCAAUUAAAAAUCUCACUGGAUUUUGUACUGAUAUGAAGACCAAUGUGAUCUUUUGACUCGCCCUUGCUGUUUUUAUCUGAGUGAGCCAUUGGGAAAGAGUCUUAUGCUGGUACUGCAAUGCUGAGUUCUGGCUUGACCACUGUGAAGAAUGUUCCUUUGAAGAAGAGGCUUGGUUUCCUGCUGAAGCUUGUGUGCUUUGUCAGCUCAGUGUUAAUCUUUUGUGAAUUUUUAAUUUAUUAUGUGGUAAUUUUUCAAUGUCGAUGGCCAGAAGUGAAAGGCAGAGCUCACGUGGGUAAAAAAGAGACUUCAGCUUCAGUCCUAAAGGCCAUAAUUUUAGCUGAUACUCACCUACUUGGUGAAAUCAGAGGACAUUGGCUGGAUAAGCUAAGAAGGGAAUGGCAAAUGGAGAGAUCUUUCCAAACUGCUGUAUGGUUACUGCAGCCAGACAUUGUUUUCAUUCUGGGAGAUGUCUUUGAUGAAGGAAAGUGGAGCUCACCUCAGGCCUGGGCAGAUGAUGUCAGGAGAUUUCGGAAAAUGUUUAAGUAUCCUGCUUCUACUGAGCUGGUGGUUAUCGUUGGGAAUCAUGACAUUGGAUUUCAUUAUGAAAUGACUACUUACAAGGUAAAUCGAUUUGAAAAGGAUUUCAACUUUACUUCAGGAAAGUUAAUAACUCGAAAAGGAAUAAACUUUGUCCUAGUGAACAGCGUAGCCAUGGAGGGCGAUGGCUGUGCUGUCUGCCACACCUCGGAGGCAAAGCUUGUGGCACUUUCUCACAAACUGAAUUGCUCCCAGCAGAAACCAAAUCAUUCCAACAAAAGGUGCAGUGAUGUGGAAAAGCUCCCAGCUUCAGAACCCAUCCUUUUACAGCAUUACCCUCUCUAUCGAGAAAGUGACGCUGAAUGCAGCGGAGAAGAUUCUGCUCCUCCCCAGGAGAAGAACAUCCCAUUCAAAGAAAAGUAUGAUGUACUGUCUCAAGCAGCAUCACAGAAGCUGAUAUGGUGGUUUCAUCCCCGUUUGAUUCUCACUGGGCAUACACAUAGUGCUUGUGAAGUGCUGCACGCGGGGAAAAUUCCAGAGGUCAGCGUCCCGUCGUUCAGUUGGAGGAAUAGAAACAAUCCUAGUUUCAUCAUGGGCAGCAUAACACCAACUGACUUCUCCCUCCAAAAAUGCUUCCUUCCGUAUGAGAGCAGAGUCUUUACUAUAUACUGUGCAGCAGGUGCUCUGCUUGUCAUCCUGAUACUAGCUCAUUUUCAGCUUCUCACUCCGCCAUUUUAUUUUGCUCAGCGUUUAAUCAGUAAGCAUAAAGCAGUAUGAAGAGCCAGACAUCUGCAUUCAGUCACUGAAAUACCAAAGCUGAGAACAGUCAAACAUCAGACUAUAUUCAUGCCAGCAAAUGACCUAAUUUGAUUGCUAGUCUGAAGGCAGGUUGCAUUUACACAUACCAUAGAAGUCCUAUACAGCUGAUAUGACUACUACAGGAUAAAUAAUUAACUGAAAUGAACGUCUCAUGCUGUACAAAAAUACUGUAUUCUACAAUCAAAUGAGUCCUUUUCCUGCUAUAAUUUUUGUAUCAAAUAUGUAUAUUAAAAGUGUAACUGUACAGUAUG